UUGCGGACGCAUGCGCGAGGGCAAAGCCGCACACGAGGUGGAAGAUGGCCGCUGGCAAAGAGAUGGAGGGCAGAAAAUCAAGAAAAAGUGAAUCUCAUGAAUCUGAUUUUGAAAUCGAAGAGGAACCAAAUUUCAGCGAUCCCGAAGACUUCGUGGAUAAUGUGACUGAUGAAGAACUGUUGGGUGACCUGCUGAAGAAGAAACCCAAACCUACAGAUGGGAUUGAUAAUGUGAUAGUAGUGGAUAACAUCCCACAAGUUGGUGCUGAGAGACUAGAAAAGUUAAAGAACGUUAUAAGGAAGCUGUAUUCUAAGUUUGGGAAAAUUGUUAAUGAUUUCUAUCCAGAGGAAGAUGGAAAAACCAAGGGGUACAUGUUUCUUGAGUUCUCUGCACCACUUCAUGCACAGGAAGCAGUGAAAAUGACAAAUGGAUAUAAAUUAGAUAAGCAACACACAUUUGCAGUCAAUCUUUUCUCAGACUUUGAGCGUUUCAAAAAUAUUCCUGAUGACUGGGAGGAGCCAGAAAUGAGGCCCUAUGAGGACAAGGGGAAUCUACGACACUGGCUUCUCAAUAAGGACUGCUAUGACCAGUUCAGUGUUAUAUACGAUGCUGGAGAGAAAACCGCCAUCUUUCUGAACUCACCAGAACCAACUAGAGUAGAGGAGAGAAGUCGGUGGACCGAGACCUAUGUACGAUGGUCUCCUCAAGGUACAUAUCUGGCCACGUUUCACCAAAAAGGCAUUGCACUCUGGGGUGGAGAAAAGUUUGUACAAAUUCAGAGAUUCAACCAUCCAGGUGUUCAGCUUAUUGACUUUUCCCCGUGUGAAAGGUACCUGGUGACAUUCAGCCCACUCACAGACAACAGGGAAGAUCCACAAGCUAUUAUUAUAUGGGAUGUUCGCACAGGUCACAAGAAAAGAGGUUUCCACUGUGAGAGUCAGACAACAUGGCCCAUUUUCAAAUGGAACCAUGAUGGGACGUACUUUGCUCGCAUGGGACCUGAUACUAUCAGCAUAUAUGAAACACCAAGUUUUGGUCUCUUGGACAAGAAAAGUGUAAAAAUCACCUCUAUAAAAGAUUUUAGCUGGUCACCAACGGACAACAUUAUAGCCUACUGGGUACCAGAAGAGUCCAACACGCCAGCCCGAGUCACUCUUAUUGAUGUCCCCAGCCGUAAUGAGUUGUGUGUACGCAACUUGUUUAACGUAGCAGAUGCAAAGAUGCAUUGGCAGAAGAGUGGAGACCACCUCUGUGUCAAAGUGGACCGCUAUUCCAAGGCCAAGAAAGAUGAGAAAGACCAGUUUAAAUACAGUGGCAUCUACUACAACUUUGAACUGUUCAGGAUACGAGAAAAACAAAUCCCAGUCGACAAAGUUGAAACAAAAGAUCCUGUUCUGGCUUUUGCAUGGGAACCAGUCAACAAUAAGUUUGCCUUUAUUCAUGGAGAAAACCCACGAAUCUGUGUUUCCUUUUAUGCCAUUCAGCCAAAGGGAAAAGUGGAACAGCUUAAGACCUUUGAAAAACGAGUGGCUAACCAUCUUUUCUGGAGCCCCAAUGGUCAGUUCAUAGUUCUUGCUGGACUCAGGAACAUGAACGGUGUACUGGAGUUCAUUGACACACAGGACAUGACUGUUAUGGCCCAGACAGAGCAUUUUAUGGCCACAGAUGUUGAGUGGGAUCCCACAGGACGCUAUGUGACAUCUGCUGUUAGCUGGUGGGGUCACAAGGUGGACAACGCUUUCUGGAUUUGGAGCUUCCAGGGUAACCUUAUAUGGAAGCAGCCAUUGGAACGUUUCUGCCAACUUAUGUGGCGACCUCGACCACCUUCUCUUCUUACUGAGAAGCAAAUCAAGGAAAUCAAGAGGAACUUCAAGAGUUGGGCUCAGAAGUUUGAAACAGAAGAUGCAAUGCGCAAGAUGACUGCAUCCAAGGAACUUAUAGAAAAGCGCCAGAAACUUAUGGAGGAUUUCAAUGCUUUAAUAGCAGAAAAAGAAAAGCUGUUUGCAAGCAUGAAGGAAAGAAGGCUACAGCUGAGAGGAGGUGUGGACACUGAUGAGCUGGACAGUCAUGUGGACAACUUUGAGGAGGAAACCAUUGAAUUUUUGGUAAAGGUUGAGGAGACCAUCGAGGAGUAAACCUGUGAAGAAUUGGUCAGACAGUGCCCUCCCUCAUCUGCGCCAUUUUCCACACAUCUGCUGUGUGCUUAUGCUGCCACCUUGCAAGAGUUCAUACACAGACUAGACAUUAAAACUGUGUCAGUCGAAUCUGUGCUUGGCAAACAACAUUCACUGUUUGAUUCAGAACAGGAUUCUGUUGGAUGCCACGGCACAAUACGUUAUUUCUGCAUACAUCGUGAUCGAUGAUGAAUGUUGUUGAUAGCCGUAAUCAAAUGAUUAGCUGUAUUGUAUUGCUUGAUGUGGAGGCUAGGUUUUUUCCAUCAUACUUUGCUAUAUCUUUGAGUAUUUUAAUGGGACACUACUCGGGAUUUUUCCCUACGCCUUUUAGAUUAUGUUCUUGCCUGCGUAGUAAUACAUUUCAGGGUGUAUUGUCACUUUUAUGUCCUUAUUUUGGUCAAUUAAACUAUUCAUUUGAAUAAUCUGUCAACUCUGUAUAUCUUGUGCGAACACAACAGUUAUACUGCAGCAUCUUGUACUUUUUUUUUCAACCUGCGAGACUUGUUUGCCACAUAUGUUGAGACAUCUUCAAUCUUCCAUAAAUGGUUAAAAAAUAAUUGUUACUCAAUGAAACAAUAUAACAAAAAUAUACAAAUUAGAACUAAUGAUACUGAUAUCCCUUCACCAUACCAGCUUGCGAAGGUUAGGUCUGCAUUUUUACCUUUUUUGUAUCACUACAUAUAAGCGGGCCAGAGGAACAGAUACUAACCACUUACUCCUCUGCUAGAGUGAGUCACUCUGUGGUCAGGUGGAACUGUUGGCAUUUUUCCAUAGAUGUGUACAAUCAGUCAUACUUCUGCAGAAGUUGACUAUGAUAGUGACAAAAGGUGUCUGCAUUUGGUACAGAAGUAUAUGCCACUGACAGGAUCAUUAAGUAGCAUGUGUGUGUGUGCAAAGUUAUGCAAGUGUACAGAUGAGAUAACGUAAAGGUGUUGUCUGUGUCCAGAUGUAUGUUGACAUCAUCCUUAUGACUAUAAAGUUUACUUUUCGUUG